AUGGCGCCACUCAGCAGCCCACACGCGGACGCGCGCGGACUCCUCCACCGACUGCUGCUCGUGUCCUCGGCUGGCGUCCUCUGCGUCUCCCUCGUCUACUUUCUGCUCGGCUGCUGUGACUCGGACGUGUCAGAGAAGCGGGACGCGGCGGGCGCGUCCACGAGGUUCCCUUCCGCAGACUGGCUCCAUCCGAGGAACGGGUCGCGCGCGGAGAAGCCUUGCGCCUCUCCGAGCGCGCCUGGAGGCUCCUCCGGGCCCGGGACCACUGGCACUCCGGGGCUGGACGGCGACGGCGCGGGGAGAGAGUGGACGGCGAGCAGGAGGCUCCCGCAGGCGCUCAUCAUCGGCGUGAAGAAAGGCGGGACGCGCGCUCUGCUCGAGUUCCUCAGGCUGCACCCCGACGUGCGCGCGCUCGGCUCCGAGCCCCACUUCUUCGACAGGCACUACGCGCGCGGGCUUGGCUGGUACAGGAGCUUAAUGCCUAAGGCUUUGGAUGGGCAGAUUGUUAUGGAAAAGACACCAAGGUACUUUGUCGCUGCUGAGACUCCUGCCCGCAUUCAUUCCAUGUCCCGGGAGAUCAAGCUGAUUGUGGUGGUGCGGGAUCCCGUCACCAGGGCUAUUUCGGACUACACACAGAUCAUAUCCAAAACGCCGGACAUCCCCAGCUUUGAGAGCUUGACUUUCAAAAACAGGACUAGUGGGCAGAUUGACUCGCAGUGGAGUCCCAUUUGGAUCGGCCUAUAUGCUAAGCAUCUUGAACGCUGGCUAGCUUAUUUCCCGCUGUCUCAAAUCCACUUUGUCCAUGGGGAGAGACUGAUCAGCGACCCGGCUGGGGAGCUGGGUCGGGUACAGGACUUUCUUGGCCUGCAGAGGAUCAUCACAGACAAGCACUUCUACUUCAACAAGACCAAGGGCUUCCCUUGCUUGAAGAAGCCAGAGGGCAGCAGCAAGCCACACUGCCUCGGCAAAACCAAAGGCCGGGCUCACCCUAAAAUCGACCCUGAGGUCAUCCAGAGGCUCCGAGACUUUUAUUACCCUCAUAACCUGAAGUUCUAUCAACUUGUAGGGCAGGACUUUGGGUGGCAGUAA